AUGUUAAGUAUUGAAUCUAUAACGGAUAACGAUAAGACAAAUAAUCAUUCACCUCAGCCAAUAUUUUCAGCAAACGCAACAUCUAUAAAAAGGUCGGUUUCAAAUAGCGACGUUAUGAUAAACCUCGUUGACGACCAAGCCCAUACACUGAAAAGAUUAAAGAGCACAGAUCCAAAUGAUUUCCUACCUAAAACAUUAACUCUACCAUCUAAAUCGAUUACAACAUUGCCCCCUGUCUCCAAGCGUGUUCCUAAUAUUGCACAAGAAUUGGCUAAAAAUAGGAAUACUGUAAAUGGAACUCAUCAGCCAUCAAACAUCUUAAGAUCACCAUCUCCAAAUAUGGUUCAGCCAUUUCUUCAAAGGUCGGUAUCUUCAAAUGAAUCUUUUUCAAUGGACGCUACAAAUAAUAUCAAUAAUACUUUACAGAAGUCAAUUAUUAAUAGUUAUUCUCCAAAUAAAACUACUAUAGACAAUAAUAACAAAGUAAGAAUUUCCUCACUUUUAUCAUCAAAUAUAGAUACUAUUCCAUAUUCUCCAACACCAUCACAGCCAAUUUCCACUGUUAACACUACACCAUACUUAAAAAAUUCAGUAAAUUCUCUAAUAGAUAACUCCGCUAAUAAUAAAUCAGUCAAUCCAAAUUUAGAAAUGAAUAAAAAUAAAUUAGUUGAUGAGAUACAAAAAAUUUUAAAAAAUACUGAAAGUUCUUUUAUUCCAAGGCCUAAAUCAUCUGCAAGUGCAUCAUCUGAAAAGACAUUGUAUGAAUUAAAAAAUAGUCAAAACGACUCAAUAGAUAUAACUUCUAAUAUAAUUUCCAAAAAUAUAGAGAACUCUAACUCAUCACCUACGUAUAUACCACCAAAUCCAAUAAAAGCCACAAAAUCAAAUUCAACCCCUUUGCUAAAUAAAACUAAGAGGAAAACUCCAUCCAAGCCAAAGCCUAAGAAGGAUAAAUUAGUCGAUUCAGAAAAUAAACCAAGUGAUAAAGAUGGCUCUAAAAUCCAAUUACCUUCUACUCCAAGUAUAAAUGGAAAGCCAAAAACUUCUAUUGCUAAUGCCGCUAAAAAAUCUCAAUCCGUUACAUUAGCGGCUAUGAAGUCAAAGGAUUCGAAACCUAUUCCUGAUAAAAAAGAUUUGACAAAAACUAUUGAAAAAAAGAAAACAGCAAUUACUUCUACUAUAAAAAAGUCUAAAACUCCAUCUAAACAAUUAUCUUUACAAUCUAAUAAAUCUACCUCAAUAUUAGAUGUGUUUGAACGAGAAAAAGCAGAAGAACCCAAACAACCCAUUAUAAUUAUAGAUAUACCCCUAAGUAAUGAUAAGGGUAAUAAAUACUUGGAUGAAAAUGGUCAAGUUUCUUUUAAUUUUCAAACGUUGGUGGCUGAGUCUUUAAAAGAUAAAAUAGUUGAUAAUAAAAAACAAAAAAAGCAGAUUGCAAAGCGGAAUUUAUAUGAUAACUUAAAUGAUCCUACUUUAGGGGAAAUGAAAAAAUUUGAUCAUGGAAAUUAUAAUGAUGAUGACGAUUUAGCAAUUGAGGAGAUUGCGGAUGAAGAUAUCGAAGAGGCUAUUGAAGAUGGAAAAAAUGAACCAGAUGUAAAAUCUGAUCUUAAUACUACUCCGAAGAGACGGUCCCAUCCAAAUAAAGGUAAAAGCUUAAUUGGUAAAUAUGAUGUUGAUGACCCAUUUAUUGAUGAUGCUGAAUUAUUAUGGGAAGAGCAGCGUGCUGCUACAAAGGAUGGAUUUUUUGUUUAUUAUGGACCUUUAAUUGACAAGGGGUAG